AUGGAUGAAUCGAUCCGCAUCAAAGUCGAGUCUCCACCAUCCCCGGCAGCAAGCCGCAGAACCGGAGUGGAUAACGGCAUUUUCUACACACCAGUUCCACGGGAUCGAGUCAUUCCCACAUCCACUUGGGACAAGGAUAACUAUGAACCCUCACUAGUAUACCCUCAAGGACCCUUUUUCAAACCCUACGAUCCCACUACCAGUCCUGACUACCGUCACGAACCCUCAUGGUUCGAUAUCCGCUGCAGCACAAUGAUCGACAGAAACCCUUUCGCAGACACCGAGGGUAAGUUUAACGGAGGUGUUAAAACUGCAUUGGUAUGGGAUGGGACAUACCAUCGUGUCUGCCACGCGCUGCAAGUUGGCGGUCCGUUUACGUUUGAAUAUAGGCACAGAAAGCGUAAAAUCCGGCCGCCUAUGGAAAUUGAUAUUAAAGCCGAGGUGAGAACGGAGCCAGACGAUGAUUAUUUCGUCCGCAUGAGCGAUAUUCCGCCGUAUCGAGAAGGCCAGAAAAAUGAUCCUUACUCCGUCCGGUUCGAGGAAAGUCAGGACCGGCGAAUUAUUACGCGCGUGUCGGUGCCUGAGCAGGAGGAAAGGGCAAUUGAAACCAACACGGAAGGUAGUCGUAGCGCUCGUGAUUCUGAUCGAGAUAUAGAUGCUAAUGCGCGCGUCUCAGGAGACAAUGCUAUGGGGCUCGAUGAAGGUGUCCCACAAGUGCGUGUAAAGGUGGAGAAUACUCCACUAGGCAAGGCUCAAGCCGCUCCCGUCAAGUCCGAGUCUCAGGAAACUCCCAUGUUCGAUCUUUCCAGCUUUCCCCAUUCUCUCCCCCAAAUUGGUGUGGUGGGCAAUGUCUCAGAAACCGCUCCCUUCAAAUCUCAAUCCCUUGAAACUCCUAUACUCGACCUUUCUCGACUUCCCCAUCACGUCGAACAUCAACAGGUUGUGCAGGCAGCCGGUGCGUCUGAGCCUAAACCACGACCAGAACCCACCCCAGAACCACGUUCAGCAAACAUAACGGUAAAGCGAGAACAGAUGACAGACGAAAACAUCGAUCAGAUCGAGAGAAUGGAUAUUGAUUCCGAACAGCCCGUCAAUGACGCUCCAGCAACCACCGCUCUCCCGGAACACGCUCCUUUCACCAUCACCAUCAUGAAUGUUAUGAGCAUGUUUGAUGAGACUGAGGCCUCUAGCUCUGGAUCGGCUGCGGGCUCUUUCGUCGCUCGCAUUGAGGACCUCCGCGACCAGCAAAGGUUCCCCCCAGGAAAGGCCAAAGGCUCCGCUACCACCAAUACUCAAGAGGGCGCUGGCAAUACAGCCGAGCCUAUUCAAUGUAAACCACACCCCAUUUCAAUGUCAAGGCUUCCAAGCAGGCUGUUAACGUUCCCAGACCAUUACCCGCAACCCAAAACUGCCGGCCGACGCAUUGCCCAACCAAAGCCCACACCCAAAGCCAACCGCUCUAGUGGAGAGGGCAUCCCCGUGGGAACACUCACCGACCUCCGUCUCCGCAGGUCUGCGGCCACACUACUGGAUCUCUUCGAGAGAGAGACACAGACCGGGAAGUAUACGCCUGAAGGAGGCGUUGAGAUGGAUGUUGAUUACGACAGCAUCGAAGAGCGACCGGCCAAGAAGCGCAACCGUAACAGACGCCAGCGGAAGAAGGCAAAGGAGGCGAAAGAGGCUGCGCUUGCGUCUGAGCCCCCUCUUUCGUCUGAGCCUGCUCUUGCGUCUGAGCCUGCGGACCCUGAGGCAGAUAUGGCGGAAUCUGGGGCAGAUAUGGCGGCUUUAUUUGCCUACGCCGGUAUUGUCCCUGGCGCGUCAUCCUCUGAAUUGAGCUCACCGAGCGACAGCACCGAGUCGCUCGUGGAUCCCAAGGAGGCUGCGACAGCUACCAAGUCCACUUACAACCACCCCUCUCAGCGCCUCGUCAUCCGUGAUGCUGACCCAGUUCCCGACCUCGCGCUCUGCCGCGCCGGCGAAAGCAUCGCUGAUGCUAGGGCUCGUCUCGGAUUGCCGCCGAGAGAGAAGAAGGAGAGGGCACUCCCGCCGAAGGCAAACUAG